AUGUUAUUCAAAUCAUUACAAUCAAUCACAAGUGUUAAUUCAAUCCAAAAAAAUCAAAUUUGUUCAGUCUCAGUAGGAAUCUCUCAAUCAAAUAACAACUCUGCUCUCUUAGAUGCCGCAGCACUUGUUGUAAUUCCAGGUUUAUUAACAGUUGCAGCUGUAGCUCAUAUUUAA